UGUUAUUGUACGUGUGUGUGUGUGUGUGUGUGUGUGCGCACGUCUACGUAUAUUCUCGCGAGUGUAUUUAUUGACGUUCCGAAUAAAAGGUAGAGUCCCAUAGAGAAAUCGAACUUCCGUUGAUAAUUUUAUAUACAGAUACCGAACGCGGCMUCACAAAUUCAAUUUGUUCUCAAAAUAUAUACAAAUACGUUUUGUUGUAUUUUCCUGAUCGUUGUUAUUGCUCACGUGCUUACGGAAUAAUAUUGUCACGCGCAUCUUAUAAAUUAUAAUAUACCUACCAUAGUUUUUAUUCUUUGUCUCUUUAGUCUUUACGCCUGGACUUAGGUAUAUUUAAUAGUAUAGUCCUCUCUAUCUGAAUACGCACGUUAUAUUUAACACGCUCGCGUGUGUGUAUAAAUACAUCUUACGAUCGAACAAAUUUCUCUGGGCAUUUUGCCCGGAAACGCGUAUUCAAGACGGGCCCGCAAUACGGCGGCAAGCUGACUCUGUCACGAACGGCCGUGGAUACUACGUGGCAACGGCGCCAGGAACUGUCGCUUCAUCCGGCGACAGCGACGGCUGCAGAAACAGAAGACUGGCACGGCAGGUCGAUGCAGUCUGACAAGGGUUACAGUACUCAGGUGAUUGCUUUGAUAUGUGGUCUAAUUGUAAUUGUUCUGAUGCUACUGACAUUGACGUCCACUGAUUGGUUAUUGUCAGCCGGUUGGCGUCAAGGUUUGUUUUCUCAUUGCAUUGCGGUUAAUGCUCCUACACCAUUACCAUUUAAUGUGCCUGACAACGGUCCAGAUUGUUAUCCAACACGUGAAGUUGGAUAUAUAAGAGUAGCUGCAGCUUUGUGUAUCGUUACGUUAGUCACAGACAUAGUAGCUACUCUUUUAACGGGGCUUGGGUUGAGAAGCAAAGAUCAACGGACCAAAUACAAAUUCUACAGAGUAGCUGUUUACGUUAUGCUACUUGCAUUAUUGUCCUUAUUGAUAGCAUUGAUUGUGUAUCCGGUAUGUUUUGCGGCUGAAUUAAAUUUAGGAAACCGUACUGUGUGGGAGUUUGGAUGGGCCUACGGCGUAGGAUGGGGUGCUGGAAUAUUUUUAUUUGGUGCUGUUGUAUUGUUGUUAUGCAACAAAGAAUCUGAAGAAAUCUACUAUAAAGAACGUAAAGUGACAUCGUCCGCCUAGUGUGCGGCACCCCUGCCUGACGUAGUACUUUAGUGACCUUCCGUUGGUCGGACGACGGGCAGGGUGUUCUUAUUGUUUUUAUGAUAAGACAGUCAUUACCAUGAUCUACUAACUAACACGUCAUACAUGUCAAAAAUCAUCUUACAUAAUUGGUUUUUGACAGUAAAUAACUAUUCUGGUGGGGGAAUAUUUGCUUUGCGCACAUUAUACUAAAUAAAAUUGUAACAGAUACUUUCCGUAAUCAUAAUCAAAUUAGCAUUAGGUUAUUUUUUUUAUAGAUAGCUGAAUGAUGAAUUUUUAUCAUGUUUUAACCAUAAURACUUGAGAUUUUUGUAUAUCAAGUGAAUAGUUAAGAUAGAUUUUUAUACUAACUUAAUAAUUAUUAACAUGUGAUUGUGGUAGUCUGUUGUAUUCAAAUUAUUAACAUUAUUGUUUAUGACUUACACUUAUGAGUAUCACAAAAUUACACUUAAAUAUUAAAGCAUUUCUCAUUGUAACAAAUUAGCAAUGAGUUUGACCUUUUAUAAUUUCUAUUAWUGAAUCAAGUUUAAAAAUUGUCUAAUUUUAAUUGUACUAUAGUUAUUAGUAAUCAUACCAAUAACACCAUGUAAAAAGAAUACUAAUUUUGUGUAACACGAGUUCUUUUAUAAUGUACUAUCUGAUCAAGUGUAAUAAGUAAUAACAUGUUCAUAUCUAUAAUUAUUAUCUAUUGUUAAAAUAUUUAAAUCUAGGAGUAGCAAAAACAAAUGUAAAUAUUAAAAUAUUUUGUAUGUCAUACUAURUUCCGGCUUGUAUAUUACACAAGCAGUAGCCAAAGAGAGUCGACCCUGCCAAAGAACAAAAAAAUUAAAGAAAAACUUCUUGUAUAAUUGACAUUCCUAUAUGCAUAUAAUUUCUAUAUUUUGUUGAUUGUAUAUAGUAUGUUGUCACCCUAACCUUGUUAAAGACUAUCCCGUUAUAUAUUUACCAGUGUUUAUUUUCCCGUUGAUUUUUUUAUACAAAGUAUUUUAUUAAUAUAUUAUUGUAUUCUUGCCUAUUAUUAUAAUUUAAUUAAAUAUG